AGAGAGCCAAUAAUGGCACGGAAUCGACACGCUGAUGACAUUCUCAAUGUGAACGUUGGCGGCAAACGAUAUACGGUCCGUCGAACUGACCUUUUGGUCGAUCCGAAAAGUAAACUGGCCGACUGGUUCAAGCCAGGUACAGUGAAGCCGAUCGCCACCGAUAAAGGAGGUUUGAAUCCCCUCUCCUAG